AUGGAAUAUCAAAAGCUAUUGAUUCACAUAAUAAUUCUUAAAUUAACAUGAAAUUUCAUUAUUUUAAUAAUAAAAAUGUUAGCUAGAAUUAGCAAGCGUCUUCUCCACAUCAAUCAGUCUAUCCCACAUCUUAAACUUGUAGUCUGCUCAGGGAAUGAAGGAAAAUACAAUAUCGAAAGAGACAUAGACUCUGAAACUUAUUUCGCUAACAAGAAAGUUGUUCUUAUAGGUUUUCCUGGCGCUUAUACACCUACAUGCACUGGAACUCAUAUUCCUCAGUUCGUAAAGCUUCAGGAAAAUUUUGACCAAAAAGGUGUUGAAUUAAUUGGCUUAGCUGUAAAUGACCCAUUUGUCUUAAAGGAAUUCGGACAAGACAUGGGAGGAAAGAUAGCUUAUAUUGCUGAUGGUUCAGGCUAUUUCACCAGAGCACUAGAUGCAGGACUUGAUUUAACUGAAAAAGGGUUGGGAUACAGAACAAGAAGGUUUACUGCACUUGUGGAAAAUGGAGUGAUAACCCAGGUAAAUGAUGAAAAUGGUGGACAAUUAACUGCGAUUUCUUCAGCAGAGACCAUAUUAAAAUCAAUUUAA